CACCUUCCUCUCCAUUUACACUACACCACCGCAUUCUAUCCUCACCUUAACCAUCCAAACCCAGACCAAAAACCAAAAACCAAAAUGGCCGACGAAAAACCCCCCACCCCCGCCGAAACCGCCGCCCGCGAACAAGAAGAAAAGGACCGCAAGGCCCGCGAAGACGCCGAACAAGCCCAACUUCCCUACAAAUGGACUCAGACCAUCCGCGAUGUCGACGUUACGAUCCCUGUCCCUGGGAAUUUGAAGGGUAGGGAUUUGGAUGUCGUGCUGGCGAAGGAUAAGAUUAAGGUUGCUGUGAAGGGGCAGGAGGCUAUUAUUGAGGGCCAAUUUCCCCACCCCAUCCUAACCGACGAAUCCUCCUGGACCCUCGAAACCACCCCAACACCCCCCGGCAAAGAAAUCGCCAUCCACCUCGACAAAAUCAACAAGAUGAACUGGUGGCCGCACGUGGUAACCACAGCCCCCAAGAUCGAUGUAAGCAAGAUCACGCCCGAGAACUCGAACCUGGGCGAUUUGGACGGGCAGACGAGGGCGAUGGUCGAGAAGAUGAUGUAUGAUCAGCGGCAGAAGGAGAUGGGGAAGCCGAGUAGUGAGGAGCAGAAGAAGAUGGAGAUUUUGAGCAAGUUUCAGGCGGAGCAUCCUGUAGAAAUGGACUUUUCGAAUGCGCAGAUUGGGUAGGUUGGUUGUGUUGGUUGUGUUGGUAUGAGUUACGAAUUGCAGAAUGCAUCAUGCU